AUUUCUUUCCGGUGUUUAAUUUACUGCGCACACGCUGUGUGUUUUCCCAUUACUGUACUGAAAAUCUUCGGGAGUAUUUCAAAUGAAACAAGCACCGACCAACUAAUCCAGCUGCUGGGUUAUAAACCCGAGCCAACGUUUCUUUAUAAUGGAGGAGGCAAGCGAGGAGGCCGCCGGAACACAAAAUGUGAAGGUAGAAGAAGUAGAAGUGCAAAACAAGUCAGACAUGACUGCUGCUGCUGUUGAGGGGGAAGAUGAAGAAGAAGAAGAUGUGGAAUCGUUUACUCACGCUGACGUUUUGGAUAUUUUCGAGGAGGGACUCGCUCGCCUCGUGCAAGAUCCAUUACUCUGCGAUCUUCCCAUUCAGGUGACUUUGGAGGAAAUCAAUUCUCAGAUUGCACUGGAGUACGGCCAGGCCAUGACUGUCAAGGUUUUAAAGGCGGAUGGUGAAAUAAUGCCCAUCGUCGUGGUGCAAGAUGCCAGUGUGCUCGACCUGAAAAAAGCUAUUCGCAGGUUUGUUGAGCUGAAGCAGCAGCGUGAAGGCGGUGUGACGCACAUCAGCUGGAGGUAUAUCUGGAGGAGUUAUAAUUUGGUGUUUCAGGGAGAAAAACUGGAAGACGACCGCUUGAGGCUGAAAGACUACGGAAUCAGAAACAGAGACGAGGUGACGUUCAUGAAGAGGCUCAGGAAGAAAUGAAAUGCUUCUCUGCGCCUCAAAUAUCAGAUUUUAUUUGUUCAUAUGAAGCUUGUUGUUUUUGUUGAAUUAUAUUUUGCUUGUU